ACACGCGCGAAGUUUGGGAUUGCAUUUUGGAGGUUGAAAUAAUAUCAGGCUACUGUUGCUCAGUCAGCUGAGAUUUCACACUUGUUUGGAGGACUGUCAUCUUCAGUUUCUCGCUGUGUUUACUUGUGUCAGUACAAGCAGACUGACUACAUUCACAAUGGUUGAUUUGAGCGAGAAAGACCUUAACGAUGUCCACGAAACAUUUCUACUAUUCGACUCGAAAGGAGAUGAGAAAAUCUCUGCGAAGGAUGUGAGUGAAGUUGUGCGUGCACUGGGGCUGAAUCCGACGGAGUCAGACAUCAGCAAAUACGGUUAUCAAAAUCAUCCAAAUGAACGUAUCAGUUUCGAGUCUUUUGUUCCCAUUUAUCAAGGUUUGUCAAAAGAACAAUUGGAAGUUGAACCAGAAGCUUUUAUUGAGUCGUUUCGUGUCUUUGAUAAAGAUGAUAAUGGAUUGAUAAGUGCAGCUGAACUUAGACAUUUGCUGACAGCAUUUGGUGAAAAACUGCGUGAUGAUGAAGUGGAUAUUUUAUUAUCUGGUCUUGAAAACAGUCAAGGUCUAGUACCGUAUGAAGCGUUUGUUCGUCGUGUCAUAAGCUGAGAAGUUCAAUGUGAAGGAGGUUGAUCUAUCCACCACAUCCCUGUAAUUCUCGCCUAAAUGAUCUGGAUUCUUUUUGAUAAUAUGUGAGAUCAGCACAACACUUAUUUGUUGCAUUAUUCCACUAAGAUGUAUAUCAGGACAACAUGCGCUUUUUCAAUCUAUGAAGUAGACUGUAUCUUGCUUGAUUUUUAGCUUUUAUUCUGACGGUAUUUAAAUGUGAACUGUUCAGUGUUUCCAAUGCACAGUGAAAUAUACAGUUUUUAAAGACAGGGAGAGUAUAUUUUUCUGUUCAUUAGUUGAUGCUUGAAAUAAUAAUAUCCGAGGAUUUGAGGCGGGCGAUUUAAUCUGCACACAGUGACUUAACUAGAAUUCAUAUGCGCAUUGUGUCUUUCUUUUCAGUUGAAGUUGAUUAGUUGCAACAACUUGUUUGUGUAGCUUAACUUCGUGGUAGGUUUGGAGUCAGUGAUUCGAGAUGUUAGAUGAUUCGGCUUAAAAUGGAUUACAAAGACACCUAAUUUUUUAUUCCUUGUUUUCCUAAAGGUCUUGUUACAUGUUUGUGUGAAGUAUACUAGUGACUGGUAGGA